AAACAUGACUAAAAUAUACAAAAAAUACAAUCAAAUAUUAUUUGAACAUGGUCUCUUCGGUGAGAAUGGUCCACGUAUAUACAUAACGUUAAAUGCAAGUGAACUAAAUUCACAUCAUUAUCAACAUGUACAGCAUAGUAAUUUUCCACCACAAUUAUCUGGACGAAGAAACGGAUCUCUCCGGUGACAAUGGUCAACGUAUAUACAUAACUGUGAAUGCAAGUGGACCGAAUUCACAUCACCAUCAAUAUUUCCCACCACAAUUAUCUGGACGAAGAUACGGUUUAAAGAGUGGUCUCUCCAGUGAAAAUGGUCAGCGUACAUACAUAACUGUGAAUGAAGAUGGAUCGAGUUCAUAUCAUAAUCGAUAUAUUCCACCACGAUUAUCUGGACGAAGAAACGGAUCAAAGAGUGGUCUCUACGUUGAUAAUGGUCAACGUUUGGUCUACAAGCUACAUUUCAAGGGAUUUCUUGUUAGAACUAAUUUUUGAUCCAGAUUAUAACGCAUUUUAGGGGUGCAUGAUGAACAACGAUAAUGGAAAAGCUUAUUUUAAAAAAUUUGGUUCAUAAUUUUUUUUAAAAAAUAGUAUUCUGAUGAAAACACCAAUUAAUAAUAUUCUUUUACAAUCAGUUAUUUCAACAAUUUUUUAAAGUGCAUCAAUUAUUCGAAAUC